AUGGUCGAAAAAGUCAUCCAGUUAAGAUGCGAAUGCAACCAGUAUCCCUGGGGUAAACAGGGUUCAAAGUCAAUCUCUGCAACAUUAUGUUCGAAAACUCCAGGCACAAACUUCAAGAUCGACGAGAACACGCCAUAUGCAGAGAUGUGGAUGGGAACGUAUCCCGAACUUCCUUCUUACGUCUUGGAAACAGGCGAGAAUCUUCAAGAUGUCAUUGAUGAGCACUCGCAUGAUCUGAUCGGCCGGAAUGUGAUCCAGAAAUUCGGUCACAAAAAUCUGCCGUUUCUACCAAAGGUGCUCUCCAUCGCCAAGGCGUUGCCAUUGCAGUUGCACCCAAACAAAGCGUUAUCUGCGAAACUUCACGAGAAAAACCCAAAUCAAUUCACGGACCCCAACCACAAGCCCGAAAUAGCUCUUGCUCUUGGAGAUUUUGAAGCUUUCUGCGGCUUCAAACCUUUAGAGGAUAUCAAGAGAAUACUGGAACUUGCACCCCUACAGGCUUUUCUUCCCGAUAUUAAGAAGCCUGAUUUUGACGAUCAGAGCCUCAAGCAUGUUGUCAGGACCAUGCUUCUAGCUUCUGCUGAUGCGGUCAAGAAAACAACCGAUGCUUUGCUCGAGCUUCCCAAGGAACAAUUCGGAAAAGACACUUAUAUUCCGGACCUGAUCCCUCGACUUGCGAAGCAAUAUGACCAAACUGACAACGGCAUUCUUGUGGCUCUCAUCACCAUGAACUACUUGCAACUCAAAGCUGGUGACAGCAUAUACAUUCCGGCAGACGGUAUUCACGCCUACCUUUCUGGCGAUAUCAUCGAAUGCAUGGCCCGUUCCAACAACGUGCUCAAUACAGGAUUCUGCCCCCGUGCUGAUCGCGAUUCAAUAGACAUGUUCACAUCCUGCCUCACAUUCAGCCCGCACAAUGUGGAAGAAUCUAUGCUGCGCCCGAAGCAGUCCGACAAAGCCAAGAGUGGGAAGACUCAGCUGUAUGCACCACCCAUGAGCGAGUUCAACAUGCUUGCUACAGAACUCAAGGACGGAGAAGAUGAGACGAUAUCUGCGGUCGAUGGACCCUCCAUUAUGAUAUGUACCAAGGGAGAGGGAACCAUGAAGGCCGACGGCAAAGAACACAAACUCAGCGAAGGAUAUAUUUUCUUCAUUGGCCGGGGCGUUGAAGUCCAGUACAACAGCACGAAGGGAUUACAGAUGUACACGGCUUAUGUGGAGUAG